AUGGAAGAUCCCUUCAGCAGUGGAAAUAAUUGUGCUAAGCUAACGAAGAAUAGCUAUCUGGCAGAGCACGUGAAAUUACCGCUAUAUAGCGUUACAUCUCGAGAUCUAGGGACUACCGCCGGUACGGAGCUUGUGCUGAAGGAUAUUUUCGAGAUAACAGGGAGAUGGAAUUGCAGUAAGCUGGUAAGAUAUUGCCAAUAUCUUCUCCAGGAACGGCAAUUUUCCGAUAUUGAACAACACAUACUUCUCUACGCUCUUGGAUAUUUCAAUGAAAUUCUACUGCUUACGAGUAAUAGGCUCGCGUUGCAUCACCCUCCUCUCGACGAACCAUUUCGUCUCAGAUUCUGGGAGAACUUUCUCGAAAUAGUCAACCGCCGUCAAAUUCGUAAUGUGGCAGUCACGGAGCACAAAUUAGUGCUUGAUAAUGACGAGGAGUUGGGAUUGGAACAUAUAAAGCAGGCAGUUGUACCAGAGCAAGAUUUUGAGAACUAUUUGAGGAAGCUGCAUGGCCAUAGUAAUGAGGACUGGGCUCAGCAGGAGGGGCUCGUUUCCAUUGCCAGCUCCAAAAUCGCUGCGACCUCUUUUUUUUAUUUAUCAAACAUGUCCUCAGCUGUUACUUAUCAUACGCUCCUUGUUACUUCGCUUCUCAAAAUAUUUCGCUACAGAUUCUACACACCGUCAGUAUUUCCCCCAUUCUCCCUAUCAGUAACACCUUCCGUACUUCUCGAAGCACUCCUCAUCCCCGCAAGCUCAUACAUAACUACUGCUCUACAGCAAACUGUCGACAACAAAUACCUCAAAAACACCCACAAACUAUCUCUUGAAGGAAUGAACAAAGUACUAGCAAAAAUAACAGUGCCGAGACUGAUGUGCAGAAGGUGUAAACUCCCUACCAACCCACCGCAUCAAAACAUUUGUCAUCGUCUGUUUUGGUCGCGGCAAUGGCCCAGAGUCAAUAUAAUUCCCAGCGCGAAGCGAUAUGACACCUAUUCCAAAAUCGGAUGCCAGAAGACAUCGCUAGAGAAAGAAGCGGCGGUCGACAAGCCGAAUAUCCAGCUUGUUUCUAUGAUAUUCACGAUUGCUGCAAGUGCGAUGAUGAACUCCGCGAUUGUUACUAAGGCUCUUCCCACACUGGAAAAUGAUGGUCCGUAUAACUUUCCCUUGCGAUGGGUUAAUCGACUUGAUAUAUCAGGGUACACGAAUGUCCGCAAGGGCGUCACAGCGGGUGAUCCCAGUGCAAGGAAGAACGCCAGCACCGGCCUCCGUGUGGAGAGUAGAGCCGUGUCAACGAUUACGGAGCCUUUUGGAGGUUGUAUAGUACAGUUACGGAAGAGUCGGCUGUUACUAACUAACUGUACGGAGGAGAUGACGUUGGUGUACGGUUUGGAUACAGUAACUGAAGUAUUAUGA